GCCUUGCUGUUGGUUGUAUCAUCACAGCCAUGAUAGCGAAGUUCUUUAUUAUGAUAUCUUUUGACUCGAUUUACGUGUAUUCUGCUGAACUGUUCCCUACAGUUAUAAGGAGUGUUGGGAUGGGAACAUCGUCUGCAGCUGGCCGAAUAGGAUCAUUUUUAUCGUCAUACGUAAUUUGGCUGAAGCGAAUCCACACUAUAUUGCCGUAUGGUAUCAUGGGAGGUGCUGCUCUAAUCGCGGGCUUCCUGUGUAUGUCCCUGCCAGAAACGAAGGAUCAGCCCAUGCCAGAUGUGAUUGAUUCAACUUCUACUUCAGAAGAAAUCCUUGAAAAAGAGAAUAAAGGCAAGAUUGAUGGGUCUGAUGAGCAGCAUGGAAGCGUGGUGAAGCUUAGCCCAAUAUGUAGGAAACUGACGAAUGGUAGAGAAAAUGCAGUUUGAUUAUGAAUGAAUAUGAAAAUGUAAAAAAUAUUGUCAAAAUUGAAUUUUAUGGCAGUCAUUCACUAGAUACACAAGUGUCGAAAAGGGUCAUCUUUCGAGCAUCCGUAAUACAUUUUUUGGGCAAUAUCACAAUCYCGUACCCAGAGAGCCCUUAUUUCUUACUGCGCAUGCUCGACGAAAUUUAUUUCGUCGAGCAUGCGCAGUAAGAAAUAGGGCUCGUGGGACUCUGUUAAUGGAGUAAAAAAAGUCAAUAAAACAUGAUACAUGGAUGAAAUGACACUUCGAAAAAUGCAGUAAAAUUAUAAAUUAUUACAUCACUAA